AAUUACAAAUUUGCCCUCCGUCGCCAUUAAUACACUCUAGGAGAUCUCUCUAUCUCUCCCUCUCGCAGCACAAAGCAAUCAAAGGUUCCCUCGGAGAUCCAACAAUGGGAUCUCUUCCACCGACAUCCCUGGAUUUCUCAUCAAUCGAUCACAAUUCCCUCAAAAAUGGCGGAGCCAGCCACCACCAACAUCAUCAAGAGAUCUCCCGCGAGAAUCUCCUCAACCUCUUCACAUCUCAGCAAGAUCUUCUCAAUCACUUUUUCAAACAUCUCGAUCUCUCCCAAACCCUAGAUUUCUCACGCAUUCUCCUCUCCACCGCCGGCACCGUCUUCUUCACCGGCGUCGGUAAAUCCGCUUUCGUCGCCAACAAGGUUUCCCAAACGCUCGUCUCUCUCAGCUUCCGUUCCUCUUUCCUCUCCCCUCUCGAUGCGCUUCAUGGAGACAUUGGCGCCCUUUCUCCUCGAGAUGUUCUCGUUUUCUUCAGCAAAUCUGGCGCCACUGAGGAGCUUCUCCGUCUUGUCCCUUGCGCUAGAGCUAAAGGAGCCUUUUUGGUGUCUCUUACCUCUGUUUCUGGGAAUCCACUUGCUGCUGUUUGUGAUAUGAAUGUGCAUUUGCCUCUUCAGAGAGAAUUGUGUCCGUUUAAUCUCGCUCCCGUGACGUCUACGGCGAUCCAGAUGGUGUUUGGUGAUACCAUCGCCGUUGCUCUCAUGGCGGCCAGAAAUCUUUCCAAGGAGGAGUAUGCAUCUAAUCAUCCCGCCGGUAGGAUCGGCAAGAGCUUAAUCUUCAAGGUGAGAGAUGUAAUGAAAAAGCAAGAAGAGCUUCCUGUGUGCAAAGAAGGAGACUUGAUAAUGGAUCAACUAGUGGAGCUGACCAGCAAAGGAUGUGGAUGUUUGCUUGUGGUUGAUGAACAUCAUCGCUUGAUCGGUACAUUCACAGAUGGAGAUCUUCGCCGGACUCUCAAGGCAAGUGGAGAAGCAAUCUUCAAACUCAGUGUUGGAGAAAUGUGCAACAGGAAGCCUAGAACAAUUGGACCGGAAACAAUGGCAGUCGAAGCUAUGAAGAAAAUGGAGUCACCACCUUCGCCUGUACAGUUUCUACCUGUGGUCAAUGAUGACAACACCUUGAUUGGAAUUGUAACAUUGCAUGGUUUAGUUUCAGCUGGUCUCUGAACACGAAAGCGCCUCUAUACCAAGUUUUAUAUAGUUGAUUCUUUUAAUAUUGGUGUAUUUCCAUAUUCACAGCCAGUGAAUUGUAUUGUGUCUAGUUGUACUUCAUGUAAUGUCCAUCAUUUACUCAAAAGAUAUGUAUAGAGAGUAUAAGAAAAUACUUGUAUCUUUGUCUUAUCUUACCAUCAUUUUCUUCUA